AGAGGGCGCUACGUGUCCUUCGACAACGUCACGGUAAAGUGUGACAGGGCAUGCGGUGGACGAUUUUGUGUGUGUUCGCUUAGUUCUUUUUUUAUACAACUUUCCAAUCAUGACUUAUCUAACAUCGUGGGAAGAGUUUGCAAAAGCUGCAGAACGACUAUACCUAGCAGAUCCCAUGAAGGUCCGGUGCAUCAUGAAGUACAGGCAUUGCGACGGCAAGCUGCAAGUAAAAGUUACGGACGAUCAAGUAUGCCUACAGUAUCUGACAGAGCACACACAGGAUUUGAAGAGGAUAGAGAAAUUAACCAACUUAUUAAUGAGACACAUGGCAUCGAAGGAACGAUGAUCUGCCACACCAUCACCCAGUUUUCCCAUCCUUGUACAGCUUAUCCUCCAAUGCACUGUUACAACUACACCUGCACGUCGCUGGGUGCAGACUAUAUAUGCCACAGACUGCCGUUAUCUUUGUGCGUCAUUUCUUUGCAUUAUGUGGGCAAAGGCCAAAAAUGCGCAAAUGGAAGGUACAUAUGAUGUAAGGACUAAUCAAAGACACGUUUCGGUGUGAAAUGUUUUCUCGAUUCAAUCUUGUUUUUUGCUUCAAAGACCUGCGCAUCACUGUGUUUUAUGUUUUUUAGAGCAAUGUGACUUUGAAUAAAUGGUCUGCACGUUGGCAACGUGCCGCAGCUCUGAGGUGUACUGCGGACAGUGGGGCCUGUAAGGCUUUCACACGAUUUUUAAAAAUUAUGUUCCAUGUCAGUGGGGAAUGGGGUAUGAUUAGAAAGAAUAAACACUGUCUUUCACACA